CAAUGGCGGAGCAGGCGCAGGUUCAAAUCCCUAGAGUUAAGCUGGGCGCCCAGGGUUUGGAGGUGUCCAAAUUAGGGUUUGGAUGCAUGGGUCUCACUGGUGUAUACAACGCCCCUGUCAGUGAUGAAGUCGGCAUCGCCAUCAUCAAGCAUGCUUUCCACAAUGGCAUCACCUUCUUUGACACCUCCGACAUCUACGGACCUCGCACCAACGAGAUCUUGCUUGGGAAGGCCUUGAAGCAAUUGCCGCGCGAGAAAAUCCAAAUAGCCACAAAGUUUGGGAUUUCCUUAUCUUCUAGUGCCACAGGUGCGGUAAUCAAUGGCAAGCCCGAGUACCUGCGGGCAUGCUGCGAGGAAAGUUUGGAGAGGCUCGGAGUGGAAUACAUUGAUCUUUACUAUCAGCACCGAGUUGAUAAGACUGUGCCGAUAGAAGAAACUAUGGGGGAACUAAAGAAAUUGGUGGAAGAAGGUAAAGUGAAAUACAUUGGGCUCUCAGAGGCAAGUCCGAAUACGAUCAGACGUGCACAUGCUGUGCAUCCAAUCACUGCAUUGCAGAUGGAAUGGUCUCUGUGGACUCGGGACAUUGAACCAGAGAUAGUUCCACUUUGCAGAGAACUCGGUAUCGGGAUAGUUCCUUACAGCCCUCUUGGACGUGGCUUUUUUGGCGGUCGAGGAGUCACAGAAAGUUUGCCUACCGAUGUACCUAUGCCUUUGACCAAUAUUCCAAGGUUCAUGGCAAAGAAUUUGGAAAAGAACAAAACUUUGUAUGAUCGGGUAGAGAAUCUGACCAAAAAACAUCAAUGUUCCACUGCUCAACUAGCUCUAGCUUGGGUUCUCCAUCAAGGAGAUGAUGUGGUUCCUAUCCCUGGAACAACGAAGUUGAAGAACUUGGAUUCAAACAUUGGCUCUUUGAAGGUGAGGUUGACGAAAGAGGAUCUGAAAGAAUUAACCGAUGCCGUGCCAGAAGAAGAGGUCUUAGGCUAUCGAUCAUAUAGUAUCGGUGAAUCCAUCAAUUGGCACUGUGCUGACACUCCCCCUUUACAUAAAAAUCCAUCGGCAUAG